AUGGCUCAUAUUUCGAAGCUAGUUACCUGCUUGUUAUUGGUGUGUUCGGCAACUGCAGCCUGUACUAAUCCGGGCAAACGUCGAGCGUGGCACACUCUAAGCAACGAUGAGAAACUAGAAUAUAUCAAUGCUGAACUCUGUCUCAUGGAGACUCCAGCGAGGCUUGAUCUGCCGGCAGCUAAGACGAGGUUCGAUGAGCUGCAGGCCAUCCACCAGCUUCAGGCCUAUGCCACUCAUUUUGUGGGCGCAUUCCUCCCAUUCCACCGCAUGAUGAUGCACGCGCACGAGAGCGCCCUGCGGAACGAGUGCAACUACACAGGCUACCAACCGUACGGCCGCUGUCUACCUAUGUUCCCCAAGUCCCCGUUCAACAAACCAGCAUCAAAGCCAACCCACACUAACCAAACCCCCCUCCCCAGUUACUGGUACGAGCAGCAAGACGCGGGCAAGUUCAGCGCAUCGGUGCUCUUCGACGAGACGCACGGGUUCGGCGGCAACGGCGUCGGGCGCGACGGCUGUAUCGCCACGGGGCCCUUUGCCAACUACACCAACUCGCUCGGCCCAGGCUACGACAACACGCAGCACUGCAUCAACCGCGCCGUCAACGACCGCAUGAGCUCGGGCUCCGCGCAGGCCAACGUCGACGCCUGCCUGGCCUUGGACACCUUUGACGAGGCCUGGCCGUGCAUCGAGGGCCGGCCGCACUCGGGCGGCCAUGGUGGGGUGGGCGGGCAGAUGCUCAAUGGCGUGUCGAGCCCCGGCGACCCGCUGUUCUACCUGCACCACACCUGGCUCGACAAGGUCUUCUGGGACUGGCAGGCGCUGGACCGGGCGACCCGCACAACCACCAUCAGCGGGACCAACAUCGGCCCGGACUACUCGCCGGGCUUCCCGCCGCGGCCGUCGAAUAUCCCAUUGCCCACGGGGGCGGAUGGUGAUCCCGGCACGACGACGACGCUUGGCCAUGUCCUCAACAUGUACGGCAACAGUCCCAACAAGACGGUGGGAGAUGUCUUGGACAUCCAGGGAGACUAUCUGUGCUAUGAGUAUGUCGAGCCGUAA